AUGCCCCCACCGAACCUCUGCAUCAAGGAAAUUAAAAUCCACAGACACUUACUCAAGCACAUGUUUCCCCAAGUUAUUGAUGGACAAAUUGACACUGUCAAGUUUCUCAAUGCGUCGAGAAAUGUCAUUCAAAUCAUUGAUAAAUUUGGAAAGGUUUUCGCAGCCCUAAAGUACGACAUGCAGAACAACAUCGAGAAAAUCUCUCAGAAGUACAACACUGAUAAAAUCAGUUAUGGAACACUUCAGAAUUUGAUUUUGAUGGAGAAGGAGACAGGGAAGACUGGAGUUGCUGCCGAUGCUCUACUCUGGCUCGCGAGAGAAUUGAAGAUGAUCCAGAUACUGUUUGAUAAAAUGAUCAAAGGUGAGAGAACAAAUUUGCCGACUGAGGAUCUCCUUCCGAAAAUCAAUGAGGCGUAUGCGGAAGUCAUGGGAGCACAUGAGUGGAUGGCGCAGCAAUUGUUUUCAUUGUUGGCAAAAGUAACCCCCACACGCACUCAACUGCUCCUAUCGCUAGCUGAAAACACCCCAGACGUUGAGGAGACAACGAUAAACACCUUGGACAUAAUUUCCAAGCAAUUGCAAUCGAAUUUAAUAAUUCUCAAAAGUUUUUUGUACGACAACGACAUAGGGCAUGUGCUGUAAAAUAAAAAUCGAAAGCUAUCGAAU